UUUGCUGUACUGCAUUCCGGUCCUAUGGCCGACAGUAGUAGUGGGGCUACCGGAAAUUCACGUUCCUUAGAAGCAUAUAAGAUGAACAAGAAACAGAUGCAGAAAGCUCACUGGAACAAAGUUUUAGGCUUACAUCACUCAAUUGAAUCUCCAGAGCCUUCGAACCAUCAGCAAUUGUCUAUCUCAACUCGUGAAAUGAGAUUCAUUCAAGUAUUUCUUUCCCAUCAUCCCACAAGCUUCUUUUCUCGCUCUUAUAAUAUAGCUAUCAUUGCAUCUUGCUCUAUCCUAAUUUUGCACGUCAGAAACAGUAACGCGAAAAGUUGCUUCUUAGGCACGAUUGAUGCUCGGAUGGUAUUGGACUGCACCAACAAGAUAAACUCUCAAUCUAUCGGGUCGGCCUUGAACGCGUCAACCUACACUGAUUAUCAGUUGAUCUGCCACAUGUUGCCUAGACACAACGUCUUACAAGGUGUAACCGAUGUCAAGGCUCGACGUCCCUCUUCUUCUGGGUAACGCAGUUUUACAUCUUGCUUUUUAGAACGGGUCGCAAAUGACG